GCCUCGCACCCGCCAUUCAACGCUGCCGCGGGCCGGGCCGGCCGAGCCGCGGCGCGGAGCCGCCGCCGCCGCCGCAUGCGGAGUAGCCAGUACCAUAUGCUGUGAAGGAAAGCUCGGGAGUACUUGGAAUUUGCAAUUGUGGAGCAACCUGUUCCUGGGAGGAGGUGAUUCUUAACCAUUCUCUGUUAAGAGUCUACCAAUGUCUUGAGGCAUAAGGUGUUCUUAAAAAGUGCCUGGCCUUUGUAGCUGAAGAAGGACAUGAGGAGUAAAAGGAUCUGGGAUCUCACUGAUCAGAAUGAAACAGAUGUUGAAAGAUUUUUCAAAUCUAUUGUUAGUAGUGCUCUGUGACUAUGUUCUCGGUGAAGUGGAAUACCUCCUCUUGGAGCAACCAGGUCAUGUAGCCUUCAGCAAUGACACAGUCUCUGUGGAAUAUCGGUACUAUGAUAGUGGUAAUGUGAUGGCAGAGAACACAUCCAUCCUAUUAGUGGAUGCCAGUACCAACAAGAUCAUUGCAAGAAAACAGCUUCCAGCAAAUCAGUCACACGGGAUGGUAGAGUUUGAGUGUUUCUACUUCAAGAGUGCUGGAGACUUUUGGUUCAGAAUGGUCUCUCUAAGCGAUAGUAGUAGUGAUGUACACUGGAGUGGAAGAGGAACAUCCCCCCUCCAUGUAGAUUGGCCUGUAUUUCACAUUGAUGUGAAUAAGACCUCAGAGGUGCUCGGAAGCUCUCUUCAGGUUGGACUUUUCACAAAUGAGCAAUUGUGUGCUGUGAAAGAGACAGUAGUUUCACUGGACGUGAUAUUCACCAACACCCUUUAUGAACUAGGAAAACUAAGCUCUGAUGAGACGCUGGGCAUUAGAACUAGGAAAGGAAUCUUGCUCUCUAGAUCACAGUGGGUAGAAUUUGAUUGCCCACCUAUUGGUCAAGAAACAUAUAUCACUGUGUUACUGAGAUCACUAGAAACACAUUCAGUCAUUGCCUCUAUGGGACCCAUAGACCUCUUGCACAAAUUUGGGUACAGACUGGUUGUGGCACCAGAAGCAACGUGCAAAACUUUGGUUCAGGUCUUUGUGGAUUCCCCACCAUGCACUUCUACCAGUGGAAAGAUUGUUGUCUAUAAAGAGGCUCCCAAGCAUCCUACUCAAAGAACAACUUGGCUGUAUGAAAACACCAUUCAUCCAGGAGACAACAGGACAGAAUUUAACUGCACUUUGUUUGAUGUGGGGAAGAACAAAUACUGCUUUGACUUCUUUAAUUUCUCAAACCGAAGCCAUUUCUCAACAAGAGUUAAAGAGUGUAUGAUGAUCCAAAGGAAUAUGGAAACGUGGAGUCUGUGGCAGCCCUGGAGCCCAUGCAGUGUGACCUGCGGAGACGGCAUCCGGGAGCGCUUCCGAGAAUGUCUCACCUCAUUGCCAGCAAAGCCAGGCUGCAUUGGGUCACCAAAGGAGACUUCCUUAUGUUCACUGGAGGAAUGUUUGUCUAUCAAGCCUCCCAUCCCACCUUCUGUCCAGCCAGGAGAAGACCAGAAAGCAAAUAAUAUAGUCACCAUCACAGGUAUUUCAUUAUGCUUGUUCAUCAUCUUUGCCACUGUUCUCAUCACCCUUUGGAGGAAACUCUGCAGAGCUCAGAAGUGCAGCACUGCUGUACAUCGAAACUCCAUCAAUUCCCCCAGCUUCCGGAAGAACUCCGAUGAAGAAAACAUCUGCCAAGGCAACAAGCAGCGAGACAGCUUCACUGAAGGAGGUGAUGCCCCUGUGAACAUUCCUCUGACCUAUAGGCGAAGCCUCCAACUUGCCCAAGAGGAUGAUGCCUCUGGAAGUGAGAAUUUUCAGCCAAAUGCCCAAAAAAUAAUCCCUCCGAUUUUCAGCUAUCGCCUCGCACAGCAGCAGCUGAAAGAGAUGAAGAAGAAAGGCCUGACAGAGACCACCAAGGUGUACCAUGUCUCUCAGAAUCCCCUCAUGGACACGGUUGUUGGUGCCACCACGAUGCUUCCUUUGAACACAGAAAACCAAGAAGAGGCAGCAGCAAACAAAUUUAGGAUCAAAUGUCCAUUUAUGGACCAAUCAGCUGGUCAGCCCAAAUUCCUGGGUGAAAGCUCUAACCCUAGGCUGGAUUUUCCAUUCUCACAGUCCAAUCCUGCAAUGAGCCCUACCCAAACCUUGAUAAGAAAAGCUCAUUUCAAACACCAAGAUAACAGAGGGGAGUUAUCAGAGAGGGGCUGUCACAGAAACCCACAGUUUAGAAGAACAGCCAGUUUCCAUGAAACUAAAAAGGCCAGGCCCUUCAGAGAGAGAAGCAUGUCCACCCUCACCCCACGACAGACUCCUCUUUAUAGCUCCAGGACUAGAACAUGGGAUCAAGGUUUGGAAGACAGGACGCGGCCAAAACUGAGAAGUGCUAAUCCAACUUCUGAAAAGCUAGAUCAGUCCCAUGGCACUGUGCUGCCAUGUGAACCACAGGGCCAUGGCACAAAGUGCCAUCAGAGGGCUUGUCCCUCGGUGAAGAAGUUAGAUCUGAUCAUUGACCGGCAACCUGCCAGUCAGGAGAAAGCUGCUGAUAAGCCUGAGCCCAGCCGAAAUAAGAGAGGCCCUUCACCUAACCCCAAAGGCACAUGGCGGAAAGAAACAGCAGCUGCAGCUGGAAAAGAUAAUUACCAGAGAGGCCUAACUAUAAGCCCUGUCCAGUACCGAAAGGACAAGUGCCAGAGCUUCCCACUGGACCCUGAAUUUGCCUUUUAUGAUAACACUACUUUUGGCUUAACUGAGGCAGAGCAACAAAUGAUUGACCUCCCCGGUUAUUUUGGCUCAAAUGAAGAAGAUGAAACAAGUACUCUAAGUAUUGAGAAGCUGGUGAUCUGAGUGACUCAUUGUAACCCUAGUGGAGUGCAAGAGAGGAUUUGCAAAAUCUGUUGGCUUCUGAUGGAAGGAGCAAUGGGAUCAUGUUCCCUCCAUUUGGAAGAGGAGGGAGUUCCCAAGGUCUGACAUGUGGGAACAUAUUCCUUUCUAAUUCCUGUAAAGUGCUUCCAUAUAAUUAUUUUGUGCAUGUGUAUGUGUAAAAUACAUGCCUAAUACCCUGGGAAAGCACAUGAUAAUGAAGGCUUGACACAGGAAUAAUGUAGUAGGCUUUAUUGCAUACAACAGUUGUGUUUUGUUCAUCAUCCAUAAUGAAUCGUAUUGAUCUAACUUCUUUUACCUCGUGGACCUUUUACUAGUAGAUGGUGAUGUCUUAAAACAUUGAUUCUCCAGUAUUCUCAAACAACAGCUAAUUAGUGAAUCAAUUCCCAUUUAGAAAACACAAAACGUGAGUUGUGAGCAGUUUUCAUUGUUCCUUUCAUAGAAAUUCUGGAGUUUUAUUGAUCGGUUGUAAUUGCGCAAGUAAGUCAUACGGUCAUGUUUCUUUCUUUUAGCUGGUUGGAGGAAGCUGCAAACAAAUGAUACUGAAAACUUGGUGUGCAUUUAAAAUUGAGGGGAUAUUCCUCAUCAUUCAAGACUUUGAUAUUUUAUUUCUGUCAAUAUUUCUAUAAAGAAAAUACAAUAAUGUACAAAUAUCUGCAGGAAAUGAAUAGAAAAGGCAUGCUACUGGGAGGGCCGAAGAAAACUGAUUAACAAAUUUUAACCUUUAUAGAAAUGUUACUGGAGUAUUGAAGCCCAUGUGAAAGAGAUUUAUUUAAUCUCCCAUCCUUUCUAUAAUCAAUUUUGUCAUUAUUAAACAUUUUCUUUUUUGUGUGUGUAAAGAAGUUGACAGUGAUACUACUACAGCAAGUUCAAAAUAAAUCAUGAACAAAACCA